UAGUUUUCUCUCCUGCUCAAACUUUAGGAUGUUAAGAGCAAAACUUGAAGUACUUUUCAGCCUCAUGGUCCUUGCUUUCUCUUUCUUUCCUGAUGCUUGUAUGGCUAGAGCUAAAUACAAGCCUUGCCUCCCUUUUUCUUCUUGUGAAAACCUCAGUAUUACAUACCCUUUUCGAUUAAAUAGUGAUCCUGUUGAGUGUGUUGAGCCAGGGUAUGAACUAGUAUGCGAUAAUGAUUGCACAACUUUGGUCACAAAAGAUGGGAAAUUCUUUGUUGAGAACAUCACAAACUCUAGUGUUCGACUGGUUGAUGCCAGUCUUCAGAGGGAUAUCUGCUCCACUCCUCAUAGCUCCCUUCUUCUUGAAGGCGCUUGUUGGAAAAUGCUUCUUUCUAACUAUCUUGUGGGGAUUGAUUACUUACAUCGAGGAUGUGAAAUGCAGAUUUUACAUUUUGAUAUCAAGCCACACAAUAUCCUUCUGGAUGAGAAUUUUAACCCUAAAGUUUCUGAUUUUGGCCUUGCUAAACUAUAUCCUGCAAAUGAUAGUGUUGUAUCUCUCACUGCGGUAAGAGGAAGAAGGAACACAAAUUCAUUUUCUGACCAAUCAAGUCAGAUAUACUUUCCAGCAUGGAUUCAUGAGCGAUUUGAUCAGGGAGUGGAUAUAGAGUCGGGAGAUGUUACAGAUAUUGAAAAGAAUCUUGUCAGGAAGAUUGUCACAGUUGCAUUGUGGUGCAUACAAAUGAAACCUGCUGUCCGUCCUUCGAUGAGAAAAGUCUUGGAGAUGCUUGAAAGUGAAGUUCAGCUACUUGAAAUGCCUCCCAAGCCUUCUUUUGUUCCAUAUGAAUUACAUACUGCAAAUCAUGUCAAUAUAAAUGUCAAUAUAAGUCAAGCAGCUCAGCCAACUAUGUCACUGGAUGCUAGAACAUAAGGUGCACUCCAAAUGCCUUACCUUGACUUGCUUACGCAUAACAGCGUCACAUAUGUUUACAUAUACUGCAUUGUUUAUUAAGUAAAUGACCUUUUCACAACUCGAAUAUAUCAAUCUUCAAAAUUUGUACUUUGAUUUAUUUGAUCACAUAUGGUUUGUUAAUGAAAUAAGAUUACUCUU